AAACCGGCGGUUCAAAAUAUAAAAGAAAUGGACGGAAAGAGCAGCAGAACCACCACCCCUCUCCUCCCUGAUGCGGCGGCGAAACACGGCAGAGAAAGGCCGAGCGAACCGUGGAAAGGAGAGCUUGUGAAGAGCAUAGUUUACGCCGGACUUGAUGCCAUUAUCACUUCGUUUUCUCUCAUCUCUUCCAUCUCUGCCGGCCGUUUAUCUUCGGUUGAUGUGCUGGUUUUGGGGUUUGCCAACUUGGUGGCCGAUGGGAUAUCAAUGGGGUUCGGAGACUAUGUUUCUAGUAACACCGAGCGAGAUGUUGCAGUGAAGGAACGCCUAGUGACCGAAUGGGAGGUCACGAACCGCCGGAGAUGCCAAGAACAAGCAUUACUCGACCGGUAUCGAGAUCUUGGCAUGAACAUCGAUGAUGCAACAACGGUUGUGAACAUAUUUGCAAAGUAUGAGGACAUAAUGGUGGAUGAAAAGAUGGUCCAAAACGGAAUUUUAUCGCCGGACGACGGUGAGAAGCCAUGGAAGAAAGGUUUGAUCACAUUUGGAGCGUUUUUAGUGUUUGGUAGUGCUCCAAUCCUUGCAUUCAUCAUCCUUAUUCCGUUCACAUGCAACGAUACGCAUAAGUUCAUUGGCGCGUGUAUUUUGUCUGCUCUUGCCUUAGCGGCACUGGGAGCUGCCAAGGCAAAGAUAGCGGGACAAAAAUACGCGUUAUCCGUUUCCGGGACCUUGUUCAAUGGCGCGCUUGCUGGUUUUGCAGCUUAUGUGAUUGGGUGGGUGCUUAGGGAUGUGGCUGGUUUAGAAAAUUAGAUAUGGGGCUUCAAAUUAAGUACAACUAGCUAAUAUUAUGUUUGUUAAUUAUCAAUAUUAAAGUAUGGAAAUGACAAUUACCCCCAGCUGUUCUUAACUUUAUAGAUGUGAUAGGCACAAAAUGGUGUCAAAUUUUCAUAGGUUUAGUAGAAA